UGGUCUGGAGUAACAACAAUGAUGCCACUGAUCGGAGGGUUCCUUGCAGACUCAUACUUUGGAAGAUUCAAUGCAGUCUUAAUCUCAUCCUUUAUCUAUCUCUUGGGCCUGACCCUAUUGACAAUGUCUGAAUUAAUACCAAGGUUGAAGCCUUGCAAAAUGGACAAUUGUACCAAUUCCACAAAGAUCCAUGAGAUCAUCUUCUUCCUUUCCAUGUACUUGAUCUCAGUAGGAACAGGAGGUCACAAACCUUCUCUAGAGAGCUUCGGAGCUGACCAGUUCGACGAUGAUCAUUCUGAAGAAAGAAAGAAGAAGAUGUCUUACUUCAACUGGUGGAACUUUGGUCUCUGUAGUGGUCUAGUGCUUGGUGUAACAGUGGUAGUUUAUGUGCAAGACUAUGUCAGUUGGGGUGUUGCAGAUAUCAUUCUCUCUGCAGUUAUGGCCAUUACAAUCAUAAUCUUCUUCAUUGGAAGGCCAUUUUACCGAUUCAGGAAGCCAUAAGGCAGCCCUUUAACACCCAUGUUGCAGGUUAUGGUGGCCGCUAUAACCAAGAGAAGUCUUCCCCAUCCUUCUGAUCCUGCUCAGUUAUAUGAAGUACCCAAAACAAACAAGAACCAGGGGAGGCUUUUGUGCCACACACCUAAGCUCAAGUUCUUGGACAAAGCUGCAAUCAGUGAAGAAAAGGAGAAAGGAUCAAGUGAGAAGCAGCAGAGUCCAUGGAGAUUGUCUACAGUGACCAAAGUGGAAGAGAUGAAGCUAAUUCUCAAUGUGGUCCCUAUAUGGCUAUCUUCCUUGACAUUUGGAAUAUGUGUGGCACAAACCUCUACAUUUUUCAUCAAACAAGCAAGUACCAUGAACCGUCGGAUAAGCACAAGCCACCACCAUGUUUUUAUGGUCCCACCAGCUACAGUCUAUUCUCUUUCUGCAAUUGGAAUGAUCAUUGCUGUAGUCAUCUAUGACAAGAUCCUAGAACCUGUACUGAGAAAAGCCAGAGGCAAAGAAAGAAGGAUUGAAAUCCUACAAAGGAUUGGUAUAGGAAUGGGGUUUGUAAGUGUAACCAUGAUUACUGCUGCAUUGGUGGAAAGAAAGAGACUUGAAGCAGUAGAGAGGGGAAUUAGUCGUAUGAGUGUGUUCUGGUUAACUCCACAAUUCAUGAUCAUGGGUUUUGGAGAUGGGUUUGCUCUAGUUGGCCUCCAAGAGUACUUCUAUGAUCAAGUUCCUGAUAAGAUGAGAAGCUUAGGAAUAGCUUUAUAUCUCAGUGUGAUUGGGCUUGGGAACUUCCUCAGUAGUCUAUUGAUAACUGUUGUUGAUCAUGUUAUAACACAAAGGCAUGGGAGGAGUUGGUUUGGGAAAGACUUGAACAGUAGUCGCUUGGACAAGUUUUAUUGGUUGUUGGCAGCCAUGAAUGGGGGUGAACUUAUGCACCUUUAUGUUGGUAGCUAGAUGGGCUUCUUACAAAAAUGUGCAAGGGCUGCUGUUGCUGACUCUCAUGGUGUGAGAGAUGAGAUAGAAUUGAUGGCCUGAUUAAAUGAUGAUGUCAUCAAUCAUUUUUUCGCUGAAUGGCCAAUCUACCCUUAUGGGUAUGUUAGUUACUAUAAUGACCUUCGAUUACAAUCUGCUCCGACUACCUCUGCUCUGCAUACCUGCAAAGAAAAAAGGAAGAGGAAGAUGUUAUAGGAGGCAUCCCAGAUGAGAAUAAGGGUUUAUUCUCUACCUUCACCACCCUCCAUGUUUGUGGAUCUACUUCUUCUCUUCUUAUUGUCUCUCUUAUAUGUUGCCCAAUCAGAUGAUUUUGACAUCAAAUUCAAAGCUGCGUUUCGGAGAUCAGACACCAUUAUUUUCGAUUCAUGGACACCAGAUAAUCAACCUUGCAAUUUCACCGAAAUUUCCUGUAAUUCGGACAGUUCAGUAACAAGUAUUGAACUGGGUAAUAGAAAUCUAGUCAGUGUUAUCCCUUUAAACAACCUCUAUCAGCUUCUAUACUUGUAGAAACUAGAUCUUGGAUCAAAUUUCUUGUACGGUACCAUCACAGAAGCUUUGAGGGAUUGCAGUUAUUUGCGGUACUUAGAUCUUGGGUAUAACUCCUUCUCCUGUACUACAAUCCCUGAUUUAUCCACUCUAGCCCAAUUAGAACUGUUGAGCUUGAAUUCCAGUGGGAUUUCAAGUCCUUUCCCAUGGAGUUCACUAGCAAACAUGACAAAUCUUGCCUUUCUGAGUCUCGGCAAUAAUUUCUUCGACAAUGCUCCAUUCCCACUAGAGGUUUUGAAGCUCCAAAAGUUGUUCUGGAUGUACCUCUCCAAUUGCAGCCUUGAAGGACCUAUUCUCAAAGGCAUCAGAAAACUUAUUGGACUCAUCGACCUAGAACUCGCCGAUAACAAUCUAUCUGGCAAGAUCCCAGCUAAUAUCGUGAAGCUUACGAAUUUGUGGCAGCUUGAGCUCUACUACAAUCAACUGACAGGAAAAAUCCCACCUGAAUUUCGGAGCUUUAGUGCUGGUCUCACUUAUUUCGACGCCUCCGAUUACAAUUUGCGCUUCACUGAUACAAUUCUCACUCUUGGACGAUAGGGUUUCAAAACCACACUGCCUGAGUUCGCUCUGCAUCACACCUUCGUCCCUUCUAAGAAAUCAUUGAUAACAGCCAACGAGGUAAAUUGAGGUAAUAACUUCAAUAAUUUUCUUCCUUUCAGAAGGAGAAAGAUGGGGUUUUCUCUACUGGGGUCGCAGAUGAAGAUUUGGUGCGGAGCUACCCACCGUAGCUUCUGCCUGCUGCUGUUAGGGUUAUAAUCGCCCAGCUAGGGUUGCAGCUGAACUGACGGUGAUAAUAUGUAAGGGUUUGGAAGGGUAAAAAUGAACUCUUUUUAGAGUUUUAAGUACAAGGGUAAAAAUGUCAUUUCCCACUUUUAGUUAACGGUGUUACAAAUCAGGGGUGUGGUGGAUAUUAUUUUCAUUUUUAUGAGU